AAACUGUAAGUGGAGGAAAAAAAUAGACCAGAACAAAGAAAUCAGAGUCUAUUUAAAGAGAAGUUGCUCCAGAUCGCGCAGCCGUGUGAGUCCUGCACUGCGCACCGCACUCCUCUGCGCCAAACCCGUCCGUCCGUCUGCACCUCCGGCUCCGUCGGCGCACAGGAUGCGGACUCCUUCCCUGUGGAUGUGCGUCUUUGCGCUGCAGUGCCUCCGGUGCGCACUCUGCGUCCCGGUGCGCGGGUCCAGCCGGUACAAAGCGGCACCGGUUUCUGAAAAGUUCCCAGAGGUGAAGAAACGGGCCAAAGCUGCUCACGUUCAGGACUUGCUGAAGGAUCCCGGUUUUCCCGUUAACGCCACCGACCCGUGGAACCGCCCUCGAUGCGGCGUUCCGGAUUUCCCCGCCCACAAGGAGGUCCAAGACAGGAGGCGCCACCGCCAGAGACGCUUCGUCCUGUACGGAGGACGGCUGGAGAAGACGGACCUGACCUACAGGAUCGUUCGUUUCCCGUGGCAGAUGGGUGAGGAAAAGGUCCGGCGCGUCUUUCGGGAAGCGCUGAAGAUCUGGAGCGACGUGACCCCGCUGACCUUCACCGAGGUCCACAGUGGGAAGGCCGACAUCCGCAUCGACUUCAUCAGGUACUGGCACGGAGACAACCUCCCCUUCGACGGCCCCGGUGGGAUCCUCGCUCACGCCUUCUUCCCCAAAACCCACCGUCAGGGCGACAUCCACUUCGACUACGAUGAGUCCUGGACCCUGGGAAACCACAUGGGCACAGACCUUCUGCAGGUCGCCGCCCAUGAGUUCGGGCACGUCCUGGGCCUGCAGCACUCCCGUGAGCCGGGGGCCAUCAUGUCGGCCUACUACUCCUUCUCCUACCCGCUGAGGCUGAGCGAGGACGACAAGCAGGGCAUCCAGUACCUGUACGGAGCUCACCCACAGGCCCCGCCCUCGACCCCGCCCCCCACCAACACCGAGACCAAUGAAAUCAUCACCAGUCCUGACGCCUGCCAGACGGACUUUGAUGCCGUGUCUAUGAUCCGAGGGGAGCUGUUCUUCUUCAAGGCGGGCUACGUGUGGCGGAUCCGGGACGGGCAUCUGGAGAGCGGGUACCCGGCGCUGGCGUCCCGUCACUGGAGGGGGAUUCCAGACAGCGUGGACGCCGCCUUCGAAGACAAGGCCGGGAAUAUCUGGUUCUUUCAAGGUGAAAACUACUGGGUGUUUGACGCCGAGAUGCAGAUCCAAGGACCCGAGUCCAUCCGGAGCCUGGGUCUGGGGGUGUCUGGGAUCCAGGCGGCUCUGCGCUGGGGUCACGACCCCAACUACAACACCUACUUCUUCAAGUCCGGCAGCUACUGGAGGUUCAGCCCCCGAGACAACAGGGUGGAGUCGGUUUACCCCCGCAGCAUGCAGGACUGGAGCGGCAUCCCCGACGACGUGGACGCUGCCUUCAGGGACAUAUACGGCUACGCCCACUUCAUUCGGGGUCGUCAGUACUGGAAGUUCGACCCGGUCGGUAUGAACUCUCUGGAAGGAUACCCGCGCUACAUCGGCGUCGACUUCUUCGGCUGUAAAACCGUGUGAGCGUCCGGCCCAGACGAGCCGCCGCUUUGUUCACUGUGUGGAUUUGAGGGGGGCGUGGCCACUGACCCCGCCCCCUGCCCUGCCCUCCUUCCCUUCCAUCCCAUCAUGCUUUACUCCACUUAUCCACACCCACACGGACUCCGCCUUCUUCUCAGGAACACCCGGGUGGGGUUUGUGUGCAGCUACUCAGGUUUAUUUUGCACAUGUGCUCACCGUCGGCUCAACCUGGGCCCGAGUUAAAGACAAAGUCAAACCGCACCCGUCUGACCUUCGACCUCUGAGCCUCAGUUUCGGACCGAGUUCGGUUCGUACGCGGAACCAGCGCAGACUCCACAUAGAGCACAGGUGUCAAACAUACGGCCCGGGGACCAAAACCGGACCGCCUCAGGGUCCAGUUCGGCCCCUGGGGUGAAUUUCUAAAAAGGCAAAAACUGACACUGAAGAAAUGAACACAAACAUGUAGUUCAGGACGAACAGACCAAUACCAGCAGUCCAAUAUUAUCACAAUAACCUACAAAUAUGACUGGUUUUUCUUUUUAUUUUACUGUAAACAAGUUUAAUUACACAGAACUGUUUACAUUUACAAACUAUCCUUUCACAAAAAAAUGUGACUAACCUGAACAAACGUGCUGUACAUGAAAGGUCUGAAGUGCAAUUUUAACCACAUUUGGUCCCGUUUCUCAAGUGUUUGUUCAUUUUUGCGCAUGUUUUGUUCUUGUUAUUGCUUAAUUUGUUCAUAUUCGUUGGCUUUUUGUUUGU